UUUGACUUUUUUAAAAAAAAUUUUUUUUUAAUUUUCUUUCCUGUGAUAUGAUAUGAUAUGAUUCUCCUUUCCCUGUUAUCUGCUUCCUUCCUCAAACCAGCCUCACGAGAGAAUUAUUUUGUGAAGGUUUAUAUGUUUAGAAUUUAUGUUUAGUGAUUGGUUUGAAGAUCAUGUGGUUUUUCGAUGCUGUUUCGUAGCUCAGAUAUAUAUGUAUUUGUUAUAUAUAUAAGUUGAGGAACGGUUUUAUAUAUUAUAUAAUAAAUAGAAAAAAAGAUUGAAACUUGGUUUCUGUCUGGGGUUUGGUUUGUGAAUUAAGUGAUGAUCAAACAUAUACUCAACAGGAUUCCGUCACGUAAGGGACAUAAGUCGUCUAGCGAACAUCGAGAUGGAGGAAACUCUGGUUCGAGUACGUCAACUAGCUCUAGGAAUAAUAGUGAUGUAGGGCAUACUCAAUCUAAUAGUGCGAGUACUACGUCUAGUCAGGGUCAAACGGGUCAUUCUGCGACUAGUGGGGGUAAUAAGGUUGAUAAGGAUUUUUAUGCUAAGUUUAAUGGUUUGACGAUUUCUAAUGUGUACGAGGCUUUGCCUAGUCUAAAAGAUGUUCCGAAUUCCGAGAAGCAGAGUUUGUUUAUUAGAAAGUUGAAUCUUUGUUCUGUUGUCUUUGAUUUUACUGACCCGGCAAAGAAUGUGAAAGAAAAAGAGGUUAAAAGACAGACUUUGGUUGAACUCGUGGAUUAUGUUUCUUCUGCCAAUGGGAAGUUUUCGGAAACUGUGAUGCAAGAGAUUGUUAAAAUGGUGUCGGUGAACAUAUUUAGACGACUCACUCCACAACCUCGUGAUAACAAAAUGUUGGAGACUUUUGAUGGUGAAGAAGAGGAACCGUCUAUGGAUCCAGCAUGGCCUCAUUUGCAUUUAGUAUAUGAGUUUCUUCUAAGGUUUGUGGCGUCACCAGAAACAGAUGCAAAGCUUGCAAAAAGAUAUAUAGACCAUGCUUUUAUAUUAAGGUGGUUGGAUUUGUUCGACUCUGAGGAUCCACGAGAACGUGAGUACUUGAAGUUUGUACUACAUCGUAUGUAUGGAAAGUUCAUGGUGCACCGUCCUUUUAUCAGGAAAGCAAUCAACAACAUAUUCUUUCGGUUCAUUUUUGAAACCGAGAAACAUAAUGGAAUUGCAGAGCUUCUAGAAAUCUUAGGAAGUAUUAUCAAUGGGUUUGCUUUACCAUUGAAGGAAGAGCACAAGCUCUUUCUUGUUAGGGCACUAAUACCGCUUCACAAGCCGAAAUGCAUACCAAUGUACCAUCAACAGUUAUCUUAUUGCAUUACCCAAUUUGUUGAAAAAGACAACAAACUUGCUGAUACCGUUAUUAGAGGGCUAUUGAAAUAUUGGCCAAUAACGAACAGUUCAAAGGAGGUGAUGUUCUUGAGUGAGCUUGAGGAAGUUUUAGAAGCAACUCAGCCACCGGAGUUUCAAAGGUGCAUGGUGCCUCUCUUUCGCCAGAUAUCUCACUGUUUAAGCAGUCCACACUUUCAGGUGGCUGAAAGAGCAUUGUUCCUGUGGAAUAAUGAUCAUAUCGAGAACCUGAUCAAACAGAACCGCAAAGUAAUCCUGCCAAUCAUAUUCCCUGCAUUGGAAAGAAACACAAAAACUCACUGGAAUCAAGCAGUCAGAAGUUUGACUUUAAAUGUCAGGAAAAUUUUCUCUGACGCUGAUCCUGAACUUGUUGAAGAAUGCUUGUUAAAGUUCCAAGAAGAUGAAUCGAAAAAGGAAGAAGCCAAAUCUAAACGUGAAGCCGUAUGGAAACGUCUAGAAGACAUUGCUGCAAAGAGAUCUGGUGCCACCAAUGAACCCAUGAUCUUUCCUCAUAAGGUAACCGCGGCUCGGGUUACAUCACCGGGCUAACAGAAUGCCAUACUGAAAACCCGAUCUAUGGGGUUUACAUGCUUAUUUGUUGGUUCGGAUACGCACGAUGAAGGAAGCGGCGUGAUUGGAUGCGAAGAGUGUGUAUAUGCAUAUCUAUAUCUAUCUAUCUCUAUAUAUAUUUGGAACGGGGUGUCCCUUGAGAUUGUAUUUGGCCGUUUUGUUGUAGUGUCAAAAAGGGUGACAAGAAGGCUUUCAUUUUUUCAGGCAUUUGUUUCCUUUACUUUUGUUCCUACUAUAUAUCUUUCUGAAUUACACUAUGACUGUACUCCUUUCGAUUUUUUAUUUUUAUUUUCAUGUGUAUCAUAUAUUCAUAUUACUCUGUAAUCUUUGAUUUGGUUGACUUCAUUGUCAUUCUUUUUUGUUUCCCA